GUUUGCGGACGAUCGGCGUCAUCACCAAGCUGGACCUGAUGGACGAAGGCACAGACGCCCGGGACGUGCUGGAGAACAAACUGCUUCCCCUACGCCGAGGCUACAUCGGCGUGGUGAACCGGAGCCAGAAGGACAUCGACGGGAAGAAGGACAUCAGGGCAGCGCUGGCGGCCGAGCGGAAAUUCUUCCUUUCCCACCCCGCUUACCGGCACAUGGCCGACCGCAUGGGCACCCCACACUUGCAGAAAGUCCUCAACCAGCAACUGACCAACCACAUCCGGGAGACGCUGCCGUCGCUGCGCAGCAAACUGCAGAGCCAGCUGCUGUCCCUGGAGAAGGAGGUCGAGGAAUACAAGAACUUCCGCCCCGACGACCCCACGCGGAAAACCAAAGCUCUGUUACAAAUGGUCCAGCAGUUCGGGGUGGACUUUGAGAAGCGGAUCGAGGGCUCGGGGGAUCAAGUGGACACGCUCGAGCUCUCCGGCGGCGCCAGGAUCAACCGCAUCUUCCACGAGAGGUUUCCCUUUGAGUUAGUGAAGAUGGAGUUUGAUGAGAAAGACCUGAGGCGAGAAAUCAGCUACGCCAUCAAAAACAUCCACGGCGUGAGGACGGGGCUCUUCACCCCGGAUUUGGCAUUCGAGGCCAUCGUGAAGAAGCAAGUGGUGAAGCUGAAAGAGCCUUGUCUGAAGUGCGUCGACCUCGUCAUCCAGGAGCUCAUCAAUACCGUUCGACAGUGCACCAGUAAGGUAGCGAACUGGAG